CAACAUCCAGAGCCGGCUUCCAAAGUCAGCAAGGGGAGGAAGGAGAGAGCUCGUCUUUGCAGCAUGUUUUUCCCCUCUCCCUUUUGAAUUCUAAAACCUGAAGCAUCAAAUAAGCUGUGGAUUUAUGGUUUUUGAAGAUUGCUUUGGUCUGGACAUUAAAAUAAAAGCAGCAAUGAAGCUAUAGGGGGAAUGCUCUAUACGGAGUUCAAGAACAAGAAGCUGAGCUGAACAUGAAUGGGAUGGCAUCAGAUCACAACACUUCAUCCCAGGAUGAAUACCUCCCACACUAUCUCCAGAAGGAAGACCCCUUCACAUCAAAGCUUUCUAGAGAAUCUGACAUAGUAGCUGGAUUUUAUUUGACAGUAAUUGGGAUUCUUUCAACUCUGGGAAAUGGGUAUGUUAUUUUUAUGUCCUCAAAGCGAAAAAAGAAGCUAAGACCUGCAGAGAUAAUGACUGUUAAUUUAGCAGUGUGUGAUCUGGGCAUUUCAGUUGUAGGAAAACCCUUCAGUAUCAUUUCCUUCUUUUCUCACCGCUGGGUGUUUGGAUGGAUGGGCUGCCGCUGGUACGGAUGGGCUGGUUUCUUCUUUGGCUGUGGGAGCCUUAUUACCAUGACAGCAGUCAGCCUGGAUAGAUACCUAAAAAUCUGUCAUUUGUUUUAUGGUACCUGGCUUAAGAGACACCAUGCCUUUAUCUGUCUGGCAAUAAUCUGGGCCUAUGCUACGUUCUGGGCUACGGUGCCUUUUGCUGGUGUGGGGAACUAUGCUCCUGAGCCUUUUGGGACCUCCUGCACUCUGGACUGGUGGCUGGCACAGGCGUCAGUGGCUGGACAGGCUUUUAUUCUGAGUAUUCUUUUCUUUUGCCUCCUGCUCCCAACUGCGGUGAUUGUGUUUUCCUAUGUCAAAAUCAUUUUAAAAGUCAAGUCAUCCACCAAAGAGGUUGCUCACUAUGAUACCAGGAUUCAGAACAGCCACAUACUUGAAAUGAAGCUGACCAAGGUGGCAAUGUUGAUCUGUGCAGGAUUCCUCAUUGCCUGGAUCCCUUAUGCUGUGGUGUCUGUGUGGUCGGCGUUUGGACAGCCAGAUUCAGUUCCCAUUCAGUUUUCAGUGGUACCAACUUUGCUUGCAAAGUCAGCAGCCAUGUACAACCCAAUUAUUUACCAGGUCAUUGAUUGUAAGUUUGCCUGUUGCCGGUCAGGUGGACUGAAGACACUGAAGAAGAAGAGCUCCUUGAAUAAAUCCAGGAUGUAUACCAUAUCUUCACAUAGAGAUUCAACAGCAAUGAACGAAACCCAGCUGGAAGUAUGAAGGCUCAUUUCAUACACAGCAAAUGAAAACCUGAUGACAAACAAUCAUAUUGUCUCAAAUUCUUCUUUCUGUAAAUAAAUUAAAACAUGAUGACAGUUUUAUUUUACUCCCUAGUACUAUGUACAAUGUAUUUUUUUCUAUACUAACUAAAACAGUGUGAUUAGAGCUGAGCAAAUAUCUUAAAUACGCAGAGAUGGUUCAUUUGUAUAAAAAUUUUGGCUUCACUUGAGAGCCUUUGAAAAAUUAUUAAUUUUUUUUGAGCCCUCCAAAAAUUGAUAUUUUUCCCCUCAUGGGAAGUGAAGUGUUCACAAAGGCCAGUUUUACUCUACUAUAGCUAAUCUCCCUAGAUUCCUCCUAUAAUCGCUGGAGAACCAGAGCAUGAGAGAAAGGAUUCCUUAGAGGACAAAUCAGAGCAGGAGCUUGAUUUAUCAGGGCUCUGAAUCACCCACUGGAGAAACAUAUAACAUUAGCCCCAUUGAUUAUCCUUUGUGAAUAUAUAUCCCUCCAAACUCUGGUGACUAUAAGCCAUCUUAAAACCACUUUGGUUUCAAUCCUUCUGUUUUCAAAAACAUUUUUUUUAGUCAAGGCAAGAUCAGAAGCAAUGCUCAUGCAGUCACACAUACGUCACAGAUAGACAAUAUUUGUGAGUUAGAGGGGAAGAAGUCUAAGUCAAAUAUUAGUUUCGUUUAAACAAUUUGGAAUCAUGAAUUUAUGUGUAACAAAAAUCAGAACCUAAAUGGAAUCAGCCCCAUACAAACUAACUUGGACAAACCACUAUUUUAUCCAUCUCUUUGGCUUUCUCUAGCCGAAAAUGCAAUGAUAUAUGAUGGCAAUAAGCAGACAUGUUUGACUUCUUGAAUGCUAACUGACUUUUUUUUACCUUAUAUUGUACUUUUCACCAUCUUUUAUGUGGUCAGUAUUAAACAUAAAAAGGCAAAUCCUUUCUCACUCCUAAAUAUGAAUACAAACUCAAAAUUAGAGAAUUCACAGGAAAGGAUAUAGCAUGGGGAACAUAUGCCCCUUGCAGGUGUGGCUGUGCCUACUAUUUAAGCACCAAGGCCUGGAAGGAAGAAGAUUAGAAAUGGUUCAGUCAGUGCUCCUAAAGAAAGCGUGUAAGUUCCUAAUAUACUUAAUGGAAAAACAGCAUGCCUUGAAAAGAUCUGCAGAGUAAGUUAGGCAGCCAAAAUAGCUACCCUGGAUCUAGGCAAUAAUUGUUUACAUCCUCUCCUUUUUCUUAUCUGCAUUUACCAUUUCCAUAAAGGCAUCAUUGCAAAACAAAAAUUUGCAGUCUUGUACAAGCAGAUUAUUAAUUCUUAAAAUAUUAUUUUGAUGUUUGUAUAUGAUUUCUUCAGGAAGAAUUUGAAACUAUAUAGAAUAGGUUAAUUUCAAAUCAAUUGAUUUGUGUUGAUUGUUCAUUAAAAGAAAAAGUUACAAGCGUUAAAGAUAUCCUUUAAAUUGUUCCUUAAAGGAAAGAGUGAAUUUAUGAAAGAGUUUCAGUUGUUUUCCUGCCUAGCAUUUAACAGUAUAGUUAGGAUAUAGAAAACAUAGUGUUUUUAUUAUACUGUUGUUCCGUAACUGUGUUUAGCAUGUAUUCCCCACCAUGCUAAACUGAACUCCUUUGUAGUUGCUCUGUAGUGAUGCUAAUCUUUUUUAUACAAUUGAGUAAGUUAAUGCGAGCAUAUGAAGAGAAUAUAUUUAAUGAACUGACAGGUACAACGCCAGCGAAUUUCAGUCUUUGGUGCAACUUGUCUUUUGAACGGCUGUGUAUGGACAAUAUUUUCUGGAGGAUGUCCCACCUCCAAUAAGCAGGAUGAUCUUAGUUCAGAGACCAAAUCUGAAUUGCUCUUAACUGAGCAGGCACUCAGCUCUUCUGUAACUUGACAUAAUCUGUUUUAUGCUUGCAUUUCUCUCUCCUUCUUACCAGGAACUUUCAGACAUUUCUGGAAAUUGGAUCCACCUGUCCGUCAAAGGAUCCAUAGAUGCUUCCAUCAGCCUCCCUCAGAGAGGCUUCUUUGACAUUUUUUAAAAGUAAAUUUCUGAGCUCAGGGUGAUCCCAGGCGACUCUUGCCCUGUGUUAGAAGCUCCCAGUAAAUAACAUUCACUGCAACAUUCAUUUCUCUCUCUCCCCUCUCCCAAGAUAGAAGGAUGAUUGGUUGGUUUCCUCUAUACCUGCACUUCUCCAAGUGUGAUGUAUGUCUCUGUAGUUCUUCCAGCCCCAAGGAAGGACCUCUAGCCACCUGAAACCAGAAUUUCUGGAGAGCUGCUGCUGAGUUUCGGGCUUUGCAAAGAGGAGAAGAGGCUUUUAUUAUCAUCAACAUGUUUCCACAUAUUCUUGAGCCAUUCUGCAUCCCAUACGGACCUUUUUCUGUCUGUUAUUUCCAUGGCUAUGUCAUUUUUCAGGAUGACUCAUAUUCUCCCUUUAUUUGGUACAUAGUGGAUAGAGUAAUAGGGCUAUAUUUUUCUUCUUUGGCAUGAUUUUCAUUUCCUCACUUAUGCCUCUUUCUACUUUCUGGAUGGUAGAACAGUUCUGGGACCUGUAGCUCAAAACAAAAUCUUUUGAAAUAUAAGGCUUGGUUUCAGGGUUUUGUGCUUUCAUUUUUUAUCUCUGGACCUAAAUGAUUCUUCACUAAUCAUGUAUAAUGUGUUUUGUAUCGAUCACUGACUGUAGUUUUAUGUCUCAAGUGGGUAAAGAAAAAAAAAAUAAACUAGAAAAUUGCCACCCAGUUUGUCAGAGAUUUGUUAGAGUUUGUUAGCGUUAAGAGAGACAUUCAGUAUUAAAACAGGUAACUUGUGUAACACCUUGAUGAAAGUCUUAAAUGCAAACAAAUAGCAAAGGAUUAGUAGGAUCCUUGAGCCCAUAAGAUAGACCUUUAGUCUGUAUUUUGGAUGAAGCAGCUAAAGGAAAAUUUGGCAGUGGGUCUCGUAGUCUUUUGGCAAAAUGAUAAAGAUAUUUGUGAAAUAUCAAAUAAACAUAAGAUCGCACUGAGCAAAGACUGCUUCACACAGAACACAUUUCAGUCAGGGAUGAUAGAUACUUUAGGACAUAUUUUAAAUAAUAAAGAAUAUUUACAUGGCAUCAAGUUUUAUGAUCCUACAUUAGUGAAAACAUUAAAAAUCUAGAAAAUAAUGGAAGUUGACAGCUGGUAUGAGACUGAAAUGUACAGGUCUUUUCAGUUUGAAAAGGGGGCCACAGAGAGGCUCAGCACCCUAAAAUCAGAGGCUGCUGUGAAUGUCUGGCUCUUUCUACACCAGUCUUGCAAAACAUAUCAAGAAAGUUAUCUUACCUUAGGGUUUUGCAUUCAUGGAGGCAAUUUACAACACUUAAAAGUGUUCCUCCAAAGCGUCUGAACAUCCUUUAUACUGAAUUACAAGGCAUUAUCUUAGACUGAUCAGUGUGUAGAGAAGAAUCUGUCUCGCUGCCUGCAGUUCUCAAAACUUAGGAAAGAUUUAGAGAAACUAAGGGAAAAUAUAGCAGGGAAGAAAAAAAAAUGAUCACAUAUAAGCAGUGGAAGCAGAGAGGAGAAGAUGACAGGGUUAAGCAAAGUAGCCUAGAAGAGGAAAGGUUUGAGAGUAAAUUAUAUUAGUCUAUAAAUAGCUUUGAGGCAAUAAUAAUGUAAAUGAAGGAAGGGAAUUAUUCACAGUCUCAGAAGGUGAUAGAAUAAGAAAUCAAAGCUUGAAGCUAAAGCAGAAAAAGUUGAAACUAGGCAUUCUGGACUAGAGGAACAACUGAGCUUUGGAAGAGACAUCAAGGGAUGAAGUUAGGGCAUGAUUUAUCAUAGAUAUUCAAGAACAGAUUAACUAGUCCACUAGCAGAAACGAUUUACAACUCUAAAUUCUUCUCAAUGGUCAUUUUUAGUCCUGAUACCUGAUUUUAUGAAAAAUUUCCUAAUUAAAAUGUUGAUACUAUCUUACCUUAACACAUGUCUGUAUUGCUAGGGGAAAUGAGUACUGACUCCUUUGUACUGAUGGCAUUGUAUACACUAAAACCAACUUGCAAAGAGCUGUCAUACAGAGAAACUCCAUGUCUAAUGAAGUGGAUCUGAAGUCCAAAGUUGGUGCAAUGCAGUGGUGUGUGUAGAUGUCAAGUAAAUCUUUGUUAUGAAAGAAAUAGCUUUACUUCCUCAGAUAUUAGAUAGGCUUUUUAGAGAGGUAUCAUUUUGCAACACUUGCAGUUCAAACUGAAAGAAAUUCUGUUACUUCUGUUGUAGACAGUUGUUUGGAAUAAAAUAUUUUUGAUUAUGCUAUUAAGCUGCUGAGAAUAAGGUAAUAAAUUCAGAAUCCCAAAAUAAUUAAAUUAAAAUAUACCAAAUAACCACAGGGGAGCUACAUGAGGAAAUUAUCUUGAAAAUAUUUGUUACUGGGUUGUGAUUUACGUUUUCAUCUCUUAGGAAUUUUAUUUCUAAAAAAGUUAAAUUUAGGAAGAUAUCAAUAGACUUUUAGUGAUACUGACACAAAAUAACUGAAUUCCAAAAGUCAUCUCAAAGCUUAGGUGUCUUCAUUGUAUAUAAAGGUGUUCCUAGUCCUGAAGGUGUGUCCUAUUAAGAAAUUAAUUCAAGUGUAGUUUUCAGUGUGUGCUAUAUUUAUGGUUUUAGUGCAUCAGCAAUAAAAUUGUGUUUGCAUUUAAUGUCAUAGUACACACCUGUCCUUAGCAUUCUAGAGCAAAAAAACACAGGCAUGUGUGAGCUAGCUUUUUCCUUCUCUGCCAGGGGAUCAGAUUCCUUCCCGGUGAAAACAGGUAUGCUCCCUUAGAAGUCCAUGGUCUGCAUCUAUGCCCGGUGUUUCUAAUGUAAAAAGAGGUCUUGCUUUUCCUUUUCCUCUCCCGUGCCUCCUGCCACAGCAGCCUUACCAACUCACUGGAGUUGCUGGUUUGCAAACGUGCGUGAUGGGGAACAUGGCUGGGGCCGGAGGGAAGAGCAAAGGCAGGCGUUGCGCUGCGUUUCUGCCUCAGUCACCAACGAGACAAACCAGGAGCAACGCCACUGAAGCAAGCGGGUCGGCCGCGCUCUGCAGCUGUGAUGGAAGCACAAAGAGGAAUGUGCAUUUUCAGCCCAGAUUUUUGGGAGCGUGCUUGACACAAGAAAUGCCAGAUGUAUUGCCCCAUUUCUAGGGGUUAGUUCUCCAGAUCUGACCUAGGUAAUUAAAUGAUGCUGAGGGGAGGUACUGACCGCACUGUGCAUUUACCCGGCUGAUAGCACACAUGGGAGGAAGGAGGAAGGCUGGGCUGUUCCUGUUGCUGAGUGAUUUAAGCUUCCUCUGUGUUCUGCUUCAUGUAUCUUUUUUAAAAGGCAUUUUAACCUUUCCAAUGGCCU